AUGGCCAUAGGACAUCCCAAACGCCCCAGGACGAAAGUCGCAGAUCUUCCGUCCAGCUUUCCCAACGUCCCAACCUUUGAAGGCGAAGACACCCUCGAUUCCUCUAAAGUCGCCACAGACUUCAUCAAAGACUUCUCGGAUGCCAUCACCAGUUCAGACUGGGAGAAGCUAGCGAGUCUCUUCGUCGAAGACUCGUGGUGGAGAGAUUCUCUUACCCUCACAUUUGACAAACGCACCAUCCAUGGAAGAGAUGCGAUCAUCUCAGCAUGGAAGACACUUGCUGAAGACCACAAGCGUAAUCCGUCUGAUGUUUCGGCUGAUAAGGAGGGCAUGUGGGGGAUGGGACCGCAGUACAUGCGCCUUGCGCCUACGCUUGCUUGUCUGGAUGUUCCCUUUAGUUUUUACACAGAUAACCCACGUUCCAAGUGUGUUGGACAAGCUAAGCUCAUACCUGUUGAUGGAAAGUGGCUUAUCUGGAUCUUGAGCACAGCUGUUCAGGAGCUCGUUGACCAUCCCUUCGAACAACUACCCCGACAGUCACCGUCUCUCAUCGACAGCUCUCAACGCGGCAAACCAUCAGCUCAAGGUCUUCCCAAUGUCUCCGGUAUCCUAGACGUCGUUGUCGUCGGCGGAAGCUGCAGCGGUCUUGGCAACACCAUCAUGCUCGACUCCGCAGGCGCUGAUGUCGCUGUCUUUGACACAGAGCUUGAGGCAGGUGGUAACUGGUCUACCUCACGCUACUCGAGCGUUAUUCUUCAUCACAAUAAUUUGAUGGUGCAACUGCCCAUGUUUCCCAUUCUCAAGGAAGGAUAUCCUGAGUACAUGGGUGGUAAGGAUCUGACGAGAUACAUGUCUUCUGCUGUGGAGCAGCUCAAGCUUCCUUUCUUCGGAGGUAUUGAGGUCGUACGAAGUUCGUGGGAUGAAGGUGCCCAGCAUUGGACGAUUGACCUGAAGGAUAUACAGUCUGGCGAUACUUCCACGAUUAAAGCAAAGAAUCUUGUUCUAUCUAACGGCUUUCUCAUUUCAAAAGCAAACCCGAACGUUCCAUCCCUUGAAAAUCGAGAAGCCUUCAAAGGACCUAUCGAGCACACAUCAGAAUAUCACGACGCUACUCAAUACAAAGACCUCGAUGUAAUCGUCGUUGGUACCGGCAACUCAGCUCACGAUGUCGCCAAAGAUCUUGCUCUCAACGGCACAAAGAGCGUAACUAUGCUCCAGCGCAGUCCUACAACACUCUUUGACUUUGAAGUCUUCUUUCCCAUCAUCUCGAUGCGUUAUCAAGGCCAAAUGCCCGUCGAAGCAGCAGACUUUCUAGAAAACUCUAUGCCAUUGGCAGUUAUGCGAGAUAUGGCCAAUGGCCUAACUGCAUCGCUGAAUCAAGUCAUGGAGCCAAGACAUAAGUUGCUUGAAGAAAAGGGGUAUCAAGUCGAAAAGCAAGUCUGUCUUAUUUGUCGUGCGUAUGAAGAGCGUGGACGUGCGUUCUAUGUGGAUCAAGAAAGGGUUUUUGAUAUGGUGCUCGAGGAUAAGAUUCGUAUUGCUAGAGGUGAAGCAAAGGGGUUGACGAAUGAGGGACUCGUUGUUUACGAUAAGGAUACCGGCGAGGAAAAGACGAUUCCUGCUGGUGGUAUUGUUCUUGCUACUGGGUAUAAGGAUGAGGAUUUACCUGCGAAGUAUGCUGAGGCUGGUUUCGUCGACAAGGACUCGGCUGCCAGACUGGAGAAUGUGAGUACGUUGGCUGUUGACGAGGAAGGCGAGUCACCUGGCUAUGUGACCUAUUCUGGUCAUCCACACCUUUACUUCGCCGGUAUUGGAUUCUACAUGUGUCGCUGGAUCGGUCGGUAUAUCAGUGUACAGGUUGUGGCUGAUGUGAAGGGCAAGUUCCCUGAGCGCUAUGCGCGGGAUUAA